UCUAUGACAAUGUGACAGUCGGGUUUUAUUUUUCCGAAAAUGAACAGCUGCCCGUCCAUUUGGACAGCGUUAACACGAAAAAAGCCCCUGAACACCAAUGACGAAACAAAGCUUGCGCGAGUUUUGAACUUAUUCGAUUUGACGGCACUCGGCGUUGGCUCGACGUUAGGAUUGGGAGUGUAUGUACUCGCUGGUAGUGUUGCUAGAGAACAAGCUGGACCGGCUGUCGUCGUUUCAUUUCUACUUGCCGCAUUUGCAUCUGCAUUCGCCGGUCUUUGCUAUGCUGAGUUCGCUGCCCGCGUUCCCAGAGCUGGAUCAGCAUACAUUUACUCUUAUGUGACUGUUGGUGAAUUUGUUGCCUUCACCAUCGGAUGGAAUUUAAUUUUGGAAUACGUAAUCGGUGCUUCGUCGGUGGCACGUGGUCUGAGCGGCUAUAUUGACGCAUUGACCGGUAACCAAAUGGGAAACUAUUGGCUCAGCGUGAUGCCAAUGAAUGUGGAUUUCCUGGCCGAAUAUCCAGACAUUCUAUCGUUUUCCAUUGUGGCCAUAUUGACGAUUAUUCUGGCAGCGGGAGUUAAGGAGUCCAGUUACGUUCACAGUACGUUCACGGUAAUUAACAUGCUAACCAUAGUCGUAGUGGUCGUCGCUGGCAGCAUUAAGGCACAACCAUCUAACUGGUCAAUAGCCAAAGAAGACAUCCCAAAUGGCAUCGAAGGUGGUGACGGUGGUUUCAUGCCGUUUGGCAUAGCCGGAGUUCUAGCUGGGGCUGCGAAAUGUUUCUAUGGGUUCGUGGGAUUCGAUUGCGUCGCAACAGCUGGGGAAGAGGCAAAAAAUGCCAAGCGAAACAUUCCGAUGGCCAUGAUACUCACACUGCUCAUCUGUGUCAUCGUUUACAUUGCAAUUUCAACGAUACUGACUAUGCUGUGGCCGUACUACUUGCAGAACCCUGAAGCUCCGUUUCCGCACGUUUUCGACCAAAUCGGUUGGAUUGAAAUCAAAUGGACGGUUUCGAUCGGAGCCGUGUUCGCCUUGUGCACAAGUCUGUUGGGUGCAAUGUACUCUCUACCACGCAUUCUGUACGCAAUGUCAUCGGAUGGUGUCCUGUUUCGGAUUAUGAGUCGCGUUCAUCGGAAGACUAAAACUCCCGUGAUUGCGACAUUGGUUUCAGGACUAUUUUCGGCUAUAAUGGCGGCCGUUUUCAGUCUACAUCAACUCGUGGACAUGCUCAGCAUCGGAACACUUUUGGCUUACACAAUUGUUGCCAUCUGUGUGCUGAUCCUGCGCUACGAAUACAUAGAAACCACUGACGAUACGGUUGGAGAUUCACAGUUUGUGUGGAAAGACAUAUUCCGAUUCCGUUCAUCGUCACGGCCUACACGAACAUCAGCCAUUGUCACAAAAUAUUUGGUUGUCAUAUUCGCAAUACUCUCUACGCUACUCGGCUGCCUCGUUUCAUUUGUGCCGUUUACAACCGCCAACAUUGUGGGCAUUUCGAUAGUCGGUGCGGCAAUGGUUGCAAUUGUCUUUUUGAAUUUUGUUCAGCCAGUCGACAAGGAUCUGACCAUAUCCUUCAAAGUUCCGUUCGUACCGUUUCUGCCGUGCUUCAGCAUCUUUUGCAAUAUUUUCCUGAUGCUGCAACUGGAUGCGGCUACGUGGAUUCGGUUCGGUGUGUGGUUGGUUGUAGGUUAUUUGAUCUACUUCAUUUAUGGGAUACGAACAUCAUCUGAGAUUCGAAAACAGUCUAAGUAAAUUUAUGGCAAGAUUUUUGAGCUUCAAUAAAAACAAAUCGAAUUUUCAAAA